GUCUACACGUAUCUUCAGUAGCGGUAUGUUCAGUCGAUUUUUAACAAUAAAAUGAAUAGCAUCCCAGUCAUUGACUUUGCCAAAGUGUCUGAAUCGAAUAAAGAAAUUUCGGAAAAAGUGAAGUGCGCUUUGGCCAACGUUGGAUUCUUGUAUAUUAUAAACCAUGGGGUGGACAUGUCUAAGAUUCGAAAUGCGUUCGCCCAAAGUAAACUGUUUUUCGAACAGCCGGAUGAUGUGAAACGUAUCUUCCGACAAAAUCCAUCUGUGACGGGAUAUGUUGGAUGGGUGGAACCUGGACAAGAAUUCCACUCGAAACUUGAGUCGGAUACUAAUAUUGUCCCAGAGUUACGAGAGUGUUAUGAUUAUCCAGUUCACGGCGAUGGAUUCGAAGAGACAGAAUUUCAGCGUUCAAUUCGAGGAUUGAUGGAAGAGUGUCAUCCAGUGCUAGAACAUUUGUUUCGUAUUUUAGCCAGAUCGCUUGAUUUGGACGAUGAAGACUUUUUCGUAAAUACUGUUCGUUGUUUGAAUCAUUCAGACGUUUCCAGCUUAACCACUGUAAGAAGUACCUAUUAUCCACCUAUUACCGACACUAUUUCGGAAGGAAGUACCCGAUGUGAAGAGCAUGCCGAUUACGGUCUUGUAACGUUGCUAUUUCAAGAUGAUAUGGGUGGUUUAGAGGCUAAAACUGUUGAUGGAAGUUGGAUUCCUGUGCAACCGAUUAAAGAUUCAAUUGUGGUGAAUACUGGAGAACUACUCGAAUAUUGGACUGGUGGAUAUUUUCCUGCGACUCGGCACCGCGUUGUGGUUCCAAGCGACGAAGUUAAGAAGAAAUGUUCCCGUCAAUCGUUGGUCUAUUUCAUCCAACCUGAUGACGCUGUUGAUGUAGUUCCACUUCGACCUGACUCAUCGGGAGUAUUACAACCUCCAGUGAAUUCUAGGCAACAUUCCAUGGUGCGACUCGAAACAACCUAUGGUCUUGAUACACCAAAGUGACGAUCUGUAAAGUGCAAUUUCCUGCCUUUGAUAUGCAUUCUGAAUACACUUUUUGUUCACACACUACUCGACUUUUGAAUAAAAA